AUGGUAGGCUUCGAAGUAGGCGCAGUCCCUUUCAAUCCCGACGGUUGGGGCCCUCCGGAAUCCGCCUCCGCCGCGCUAUCCGUUUCCAACCACCCCUCCAACGUACCCUUUUCCCCCUUCUCCCGCUCCGAGAAACUUGGCCGGAUCGCCGACUGGACCAGAAACCUCAAUAACCAGGCCCGGCCGGGAUCUAAACAGGUCGGCUACCACCCCUCCGACUCCGCCUUCGAUUUCUCCGGCGACGACUCGUUCGCCACCCUCGCCGCCGACGAGGACGCCUCCUUCCGCCUCGUCGACACCUCCGCGAAAUCCCACCACUACAACCCCAACCGCCCCAAGUUCAACCCCAGGUGGCGGUUCAACCCCCACCACGCCCGGUCCCAGCUCCCGCAGCGCCGCGACGAGGAGGUCGAGGCCCGCAAGCGCGAGGCCGAGAAGGAGCGCGCCCGCCGUGACAGGAUGUACAACAACCGCUCCCAGAUGCCCCAGCGCCGUGAGUCCUCCGUUUUCAAGUCGUCGGUCGACAUUCAGCCGGAGUGGAACAUGCUGGAUCAGAUCCCCUUCUCCACCUUCUCCAAGCUGUCCUUUUCUGUUCCCGAGCCUGAGGACAUGCUGAUUUGCGGCGGGCUCGAAUUUUAUGACAGGUCUUAUGAUCGGAUUACUCCCAAGAACUGCCGACAUUUGGAGCGUUUCAAGAACCGGAAUUUCUUCAAGGUCACCACCACCGAUGAUCCGGUCAUCAGGCGCUUGGCGAAGGAGGAUAAAGCUACAGUCUUUGCCAGUGAUUUUAUCCUGUCCACGCUAAUGUGCGCCCCAAGAUCGGUUUACUCGUGGGAUAUUGUUGUCCUGCGUGUUGGGAAUAAGCUUUUCUUUGAUAAGAGGGAUGGGUCACAGCUGGACUUUCUUUCUGUGCACGAGACAUCUCAGGAGCCAUUGCCUGAUGUGAAGGAUGAUAUUAACUCCAUCCACUCGUUGAGUGUGGAAGCUGCUUGCAUCAACCAGAACUUUUCUCAGCAGGCUCUUAUUAGGGAUGGGAAUAAGGUGACUUUUGAAGAGCCCAACCCGUUCGCUAACGAGGGCGAAGAAGUUGCUUCGGUUGCUUAUAGGUACAGAAGGUGGAAGUUGGAUAAUGAUAUGUAUCUGGUGUCGAGGUGUGAAGUGCAGAGUGUGCUAGAUAUGAAUAAUCAGAGGUCCUUCUUGACUCUGAACGCUUUGAAUGAGUUCGACCCGAAGUAUUCGGGUGUCGACUGGAGACAAAAACUCGAGACACAGAGGGGUGCUGUUUUGGCCACUGAAUUGAAAAACAAUGCGAAUAAGUUAGCUAAAUGGACUGCUCAGGCUCUGUUGGCCGGUGCAGAUAUGAUGAAGCUGGGGUAUGUUUCGAGGGUUCACCCUAGGGAUCAUUAUAAUCAUGUGAUAUUGGCAGUUGUGGGGUACAAGCCCAGGGAUUUUGCUGCACAGAUCAAUCUGAAUACUUCUAACAUGUGGGGUAUUGUAAAGAGUAUUGUGGACUUGUGUAUGAAGUUGAAGGAGGGAAAGUAUGUGCUUGUUAAGGAUCCAUCUAAGCCACAGGUGAGGAUUUAUGAUGUUCCACUGAAUGCUUUUGAAAAUGAGUAUAUGGAUGAGCCAUUGCCGGAGGAGGAGCAGGUUCAACCUCCUGCUGAGGAUGCCGAUGGCUUGGAUGCAAAUGCAGCCAUAUCUGAUUCGGAGGAUGAGGAUGUUAAAAUUGAAGCUGCUGUUGCUUAA